UCAGACUCAGUCUCAGACAGCUGAAGAGCUAAAUAAAUAUGUGAGAAUAAGAAAAGUUACACAGGAUAAUUUGGUUACUUGAGCAAAUUGAAACUCCAUUUUCAUAAAUUCUCUCUGCUCCUCUGGACCAGUAACAAGUGAAACUUCCUUUUUGGACUUUUUUUUUUUUAACCAUUACAUCUGUAAGAUAUUUUGUGUCUGGUGGUUGUUACACAGUCAUGGUGUCCUGUGCUCUCCUCAUCCUGGGUCCUUUGUGGAUCCACAGUCUGAUUCAGUCCUGCAGGGGAGAGCAUCUAUCCAAGGAGGCAGUGUUGUCCUGGUUCAAAGGGAGAGUUCUGGAAACCCUCGGGCUGGAGGAGCCUCCUGUAGCCACAGUGCAUGGUCCUGAUGAGGGCAUGGCACAGCCAGGAGCGAGGCUCAUUAAUUGGAGGGUCCCCAGGACUAGCAGGACAGCAUGGGUCAGCCAUGGAAGAAGUUCAAACCAGGAAUCAUCUGAAAUUAUUCUCUUCCCCACUUCUGACUCAUCUUGUGCCAGAUCUGACUCAUCUCCCGGAGAAACCAGCAUCAGCCAUUUCACAUAUUACUUCCAGCCCUCUAUGAGCAGCCAUGAUACCCUGGUCACAUCUGCCCACUUCUGGUUCUAUGCAGGCGAAAGAAGCACAGACAAUUCCUCUGCACCGUUGUUCAUUCUGACUUCAGUGCAGCAGCUUCUUCAGGUCGCAGAAUCUCCAUCACUGAUGAGCUCAGACAGAUGGACCACCUAUCAGCUGGAUCAAAAAACGCUGGCCUCUGUGGGUGAAGGCCCUUUUCUGCUCCAGGUCCGUUGUCUGACCUGUCAGUGCCAUGCCAACGAACCAGACAAGAUGCCCUUUCUUCACCUUCAUGCUCACCCUCGUGGCCCUGUCCGGUCACCCCGCGGUGCACCGCUAACCAUUCCCUGGUCUCUUUCUGCUAUCAACCUGCUGCAGCGCCCCUCUCAGGACAGGCCUCAGCAGAGCGACUGCCAGCGGGCAGAGAUUGAAAUCAGCUUUGAGGAGCUGGGCUGGGAAAACUGGAUUGUCCAUCCAAAGGUACUGACUUUCUCCUACUGUCAUGGAAACUGCUCAGCCUGGGAUCGAACAUCCACCAUGCUGGGAAUCACUCAGUGCUGCGCCCCACUCCCAGGGACUAUGAAGUCCCUGAGAAUCACCACAACAUCUGAUGGCGGAUACUCUUUCAAAUAUGAGAUCUUACCCAACAUUAUGCCUGGAGAGUGCACUUGCAUCUAAACAUAAAGCUUAAAGGGCUAGUUCGCUCAGAAUUAUGGUGUUCUUAGAGCUCAGGUCACAAUCAUUUUAAAUCGGUAACUCCUCCAUUUCCUCCGUGCAUUUUACUGUGGCAGAGAUAAUGUCCUGACUCAUAAACAAGCUUUAGUGUGCACUCUUUUUAAAAUCAACUUUAAAACUUUCCAGUGCUGUCUUCACUUCCUAAGAAACUAAGUCUUGCUUUUUUUUCCUCAUUUAGACACCGCUUGUAAGAUAAAGCAAGCAGCACAUAGUUUGAUUCUCACCUUUAGAGGGCAGUGUAGGCCUACUUUUACACUGCAUCGUUUCACAUCAGUACCUUCACAUUGCUUCAGACAGUUCAAGGAAGUAUAGUAUACUAAAUCAAUUUAAACAUGGAAAUCAGUUGUAUUGUGCAACUAUCACAAAUGUUACAAACAUGACAUUUUAGAGGAGACGCGCACAUAUAAUUAAGCUACUGAUCACUUUUAUCCAACUUUUGGCAACUGAUUUGUCAAUAUACAGACUAGCAUUCGCAGGCUUUGACAGGAUAUACUCGGCAGCUUUAGUCACAGAAAAUCCAAAGACAGAACCAUCUUGUUCAAAUAUAUUUAUUUCUCUCAAGACAAAAUAAUCUCUACAGUUACAAAAACUACAAAAGUAUAAACCACUGAAAUACCAUAUUUAAAAUGGAAUGUUGUACCUUACAAUAAGUAGAAACUGUAAUUGAGGGGAUUACAAGAAUACAGCAUCAAACAGCUCUUUGGCAAUCUGCAGUUUCAUUUUCGACCAACAGAUCAUAAAACCAACAGGUUAUGAAAAUGUUUGAACUGUGUAUGAACACUGAAAUCUACUGAUCAAAUGUCGCAUGAUGAAUAGGUGUGUGGUUACAUGGCACCAGAUUGUGUGUCAGCAGCCAACUCUCUUUCUUUCCUCAGCUUUUCUUUUCUUCCCUUCCCUGGAUGCACAAAACCACCCAUGUUUCAGCACAAAGGAGAAGUAGUGGUGAAUGUCAAGGGUGGAAAAUACGGCUCACGAAAGAAGAAUGUAAAUUUCUAAGACAGGGAUGGAGUUUCAUUGUAGCCCAACAGCCCAGAAGACAGAUGUUUCCAGCUGGUUAGCAACAAACCAAAUAAAAUGUCAGUUUGGAUUCAUGCAGUGACCAACACUGAAUCAUUUUUAUAGUACAUAAUUGAGGGGAGAAAAGGAUUUACCAAAUCCAGGUGAUGACUUCACACCAGUCAUGUCAAACAGGUGGCAUUCAUGAGGCCAACACUUCAUUCUAGAAAAAGGUAACUAAUCAAGAGCUUAGGUCAACUCAUAGUAACAAGGUAAUAGUAAAAUAAACUAUUUUUAAAUGAACCGAUUGUACAAACACACAAAAAAAAGAAAAAGGAUUCUUGGAAGUUUAUUAGAACAUUUCCUGUCAAAGGAUUCAAGCAUUUCCCAGGUAACUUUUUGGCUGAUUGAAGUAAAUAUACAGGCUUCAAAAAUGUGUCAAACGUUUCUGAAACGGUGUGGUAUCUCACUAAUAAACACCAACACUCCCUAAUAUUGCAUCUAUUUAAAUUAAACAUGACUCUUGUAGCACAGGUUAAGCUGUAUUUGUUUUGUGUAUGUGUUGGGGGGUGGGGGAUUACUGCACAUGCCCCAGAAAAGACAUAACCCAAGGCUGCAUAACAAGCCUUAAAGAAAGAUGUUAAUGCUUGUCAGCAUUCAACAAUGGAGAGCCUCUGUGUUGUGAGGAAGACUACAAAAAAAA